CACAUGUCAGUGAGAUCAAUUGCCCCUUCCUUCCUUCCUUCCUCCCUCCCUCCUUGCCGAUUCGAUUCGACCUCCCAAGCCAAAACAAAUCCAAGAAGAAGAGAGAUUCCGAUCGAAACCCUACCGUAGGAGGGAGGAGCGGAGGCGGAAGCGGAGGCGGCGAACCAGAGAAAAAGAGAGAUCCGAUGGCUCCCUCACCGCCGCCCCCGCCGGCCGCGAGCGGUGCGCAGUACGCGCACCAGUUCCUCAACACGGCGCUCUCCCAGCGGGGGCCCUCCGCGCUGCCCUACGCCGAGGACGUCAAGUGGCUCAUCCGCAACCACCUGGUGGCGCUGGCCGAGUCCUUCCCGUCCCUCCACCCCAAGGCCGCCCUCUUCACCCACAACGACGGCCGCGCCGCCCACCUCCUCCAGGCCGACGGCACCAUCCCCAUCCACCACGCCGGCGCCUCCUACAACCUCCCCGCCGUCAUCUGGCUCCCCGAGCCCUACCCGCGCUCCCCGCCCCUCGUCUUCCUCUCCCCCACCCGCGACAUGGUCAUCAAGCCCCACCACCCGCUCGUCGACCGCUCCGGCCUCGUCGCCAACCCGCCCUACCUCCGCUCAUGGGUCUUCCCCUCCUCCAACCUCGUCGACCUCGUCCGAUCCCUCUCCCACCUCUUCGGCCUCGACCCGCCCCUAUUCACCAGGAAUCCCCUUCCCCCCGCCGCCGCUCCACCUCCUAACCCCGCUCCACCCCCACGGCUCGUCCCCGCCACCUCCCCCUACAGGGUUGCUGGGUUCCCCGCAUCUCCCCAGCUCGCCGCGCGCCCGCCCCCCACCGAGGACCCCGCCGAGGUCUUCAAGCGCAACGCAGUCGCCAAGCUCGUCGACAUGGCCUACGCAGACGCCGCUGCUCUUCGCACCGCGCGUGAGGCAGAGGUCGAUGCUCUCUUCGCCGUCCAGGCGGAGCUGCGCCACCGGGGCGACCUGGUCGCUCACGGGGUGCGCAAGAUGGGGGAGGAGAAGGAGGCGCUGGAGCGCCGCCUGCAGGACGUCAUGAUGGCCACCGACGUCAUGGAGGCCUGGGUCAUGGAGAAUAAUAGGAGAGGUGACACCCAAGCCACGAAAGACGCCAUUGAGCCCGCCGAUGUGCUGUCCAGGCAGAUGAUCGAUUGCACCGCCGCCGAUCUGGCGCUGGAGGACACCAUCUACGCUCUUGACAAGGCUGUUCAGGAAGGAUCAGUGCAGUUUGAUGGCUACCUCAGGAGCGUGCGUGCUGUGGCACGCGAGCAGUUUUUCCACCGCGCCCUAUCGGCUAAGGUGCACAGUGCACAGCAGCAGGCUAAGGUUGCUAGUAUGGCGGCACAGGCACCCCAGUAUGCAUCAUAGGGAUGGUCAGUAUACUUGUUUGUGCUGUUUGUUUACGCAAAGUGAUGUGUAAAGUCUGCUCUCGGUGUCUGCUGCUUAUCAGGGAACAUGCAAUGUUUUCCUGUCACGAUUACAUGAUAGGAUCUUGUGUCAAUAACAUCUUUAGUUCGGAUUGCAUCGCAGGAUGUCAUGUAUGGUUAUUGAGCUUGCAAAUUGCUAUACAUAUGCCGUCUUUGUUCUUUACGAUUA